AUGAAAACGACCUUGUUUGUGGCCUUAGGGCUGUUACUUGUUGUUGGGGCGCAAGAACAUGGAGAAUUGGAAUCCCCGUCCUCGGCCCAACUACUAAAGCCAAAGCCGGAACAAUGCGCUGGAUGCGUUGAGGCGUUCGACCUGCUUAACACUCUUGUCGGGGAUAUCCGAAAGAUCAAUGAAAGGGAAUUUAAAGAGCACACUAGCGUAGGUUUGACAACUUUCUUGACUACCUCGUUUUUGUUUGAUUAAAAAUUAUCGUUGAAUUAAUUUCAGAUGGCCUGUAGAAUUCUCAAAGGUGGCGGUGACCACAAAUACGGUGACGUCUGCAAAGCGCUCAACAAGAAUUCCAAAUACAUUUUCAACUAUUUGAAAAACGUAGCCCAUGGGAUUUCUCCAGAAGCCAAUUGCUGGAUCUUCCUUCGCUGCGACAAGCCAGAAGUAACUACAACCACAACACAACCUUCAACUACUAGGAGAUGGACAUGGCCCACCCCGAAACCCUGGCCUACCGGAGAGCCCUGGACUCCACACCCUUGGCCUACACACAAGCCUUGGCCAACUAGAGAGCCUUGGACUCCCCGUCCUUGGCCAACCCACAGACCUCGGCCCACACAUGAACCCUGGACUCCUCGCCCUUGGCCAACCCACAGACCUCGGCCCACACAUGAACCCUGGACUCCCCGCCCAUGGCCAACCCACAGACCUUGGCCAACUCGCGAGCCCUGGACUCCCCGUCCUUGGCCAACCCACAGACCUUGGCCAACUCGCGAGCCCUGGACUCCCCGUCCUUGGCCUACCCACAGACCUUGGCCAACCCUUGAGCCCUCGACUACCAGCCCUCGGCCAACCCUUGAGCCCUCGACUACUCACAAGCCGUGGUCCACUUCAUGGGCUCCAACCAGCACUGACCUCCCAAGGACCACGACCACUCCUGCUAUCCCCACCGAGAAAACUAAAGUGCCGACGACCCCUGAAAUUACCACAACCACUGAGGUGGUUACCACCGAAGAGCCCGAAGAGGCUACAACUUCCUUCCUUUGA